UUUUUUUUUCUUUUAGUUGAGCCGGGAGAUUAGAGCAAUCAGAUUAGGAGCGUUGCUGUUUCUGUGGCCGUACUGCUGAGCAGAGUGGCAUCCAUCCGUCCAUCCGUCCGUCGGGUGUGUUUCUGCAGCACAGUCUAACUUGUUCCUGCAUCCUGGUGGUCUACAUGCAGCGUACCUCGGACCCGGCGCUCCUUCUGAGGUUUAGCAAAGUCACAUGACCCCAUUUGAAGGUGAGCCAUGAAGACGGGCUCUCAAAUCCGCCUAUUGCUUUGGAAGAACUGGACCCUACGCAAAAGGCAGAAGAUUCGCUUCCUGGUGGAGCUCUUGUGGCCUGUUUUGCUGUUCGUUGGUCUGGUGUGGCUGAGGAAAGCCAACCCGCUCUACCAGCAGCAUGAAUGUCAUUUCCCCAACAAGGCCAUGCCGUCUGCGGGCGUGCUUCCAUGGAUCCAGGGCAUCUUCUGCAAUGCCAACAACCCCUGCUUCAGACACCCCACCAGAGGAGAGUCUCCAGGGGUCGUCUCCAACUAUAACAAUUCAAUAUUGUCACGCUUCUACACAGACAUCUUGGAGAUGUUUAGCGACACAGAGGUGCACCAGCUGAGACGGAUGUGGCAUGAGGUGUCUGCCUUCUCCGACUUCAUGGACACAUUACGCAACAAUCCAGGUGGCGUGUCAGGUCGCGGUCUAAAGAUCGAGGACAUCCUGAAGGACGACGAGCUUCUGACGGCGUUCUUGCUGCGAGAUGCCGAGCUCCCCCAGUCUGUUGUCUACCAGUUGACCAAUGCGGAAAUCCGAAUAGAACAGUUUGCGUCAGGCAUCCCGGACCUGCAGUUGAAGGACAUCGCGUGCAGCCAGGCACUACUAGAGCGCUUCAUCAUCUUCCCGAGCCGCCACGGCCUCCACAGCGUCCGCAAUGCCAUGUGCGCCCUCAGCCAACAGCGGCUGCAGAAGAUCGAGGAUGCGCUCUACGCCAACGUGGACUUCUUCAAGAUCUUCCAACUGUUGCCUCGCAUUAUGGACGGCUCUUCCGAAGGGGUGGACCUGCGGCAGUGGGGUCGCGUCCUCAGGGCGUCGUCAGAGAGGAUACGAGAGCUGAUGCAGCGCAACAACUCCCGGGCACUCAUCAAAGCAGUGACUUCGCUCUUCGGCGAUGGCGGCCCUGCCUCUUUCUCGGAGCUGACGGCGUCCACGUCCAGCCUUUUUUGCGGCUACCCGGAGGGCGGCGGCGCACGUGUACUUUCCUUCAACUGGUACGAGGACAACAACUACAAGGUGUUCCUGGGUGUCAACAACAGCCGUGCCCGUGACACCUACGUCUAUGACUACACUACCACUGGCUUUUGCAACAGCCUGAUGGAGACGCUGGAGUCUAACCCGGUCACCAAAGUGGUGUGGAAUUCUGUCAAGCCCCUGCUGAUGGGAAAGAUCCUCUACACUCCUGACUCCCCUGCCGUCCGGAAGAUAUUAAAAAGCGCGAACACCACCUUCGAGGAGCUGGAGAGGCUGCGCAACAUUGCCAAGAUGUGGGAAGAGGUGGGACCUCAGCUGUGGGCUUUCUUCCACAACAGCGUGCAGAUGAAUGUGAUCAGAGACACACUGGCAAACCCCACGGUGAUGAACUUUGUGGACACGAGCCUGGAGGAUGCCAACGUGACCACCAGAGAUAUCCUCAACUUCCUGUACAGUGGCUCAGAAGAAUGGCGACAGGCAGGAAUGUCCGGCUUUGACUGGAGGAACAUUUUUAACGUCACUGACCAAAUCAUGCACACCAUCAACAGAUAUGCGGAGUGCAUCACUCUGGACAAGUUUGUGGCCUACACGGACGAGUCGCAGAUGAUCCACCAGGCCUUGUACCUGCUGGAGGAAAACAAGUUCUGGGCCGGCGUGGUCUUCGCCGACAUAUACCCCUGGACCACCAGUCUCCCACCACAUGUCAAGUAUAAGAUCCGCAUGGACAUCGACGCCGUGGAGCGCACAAACAAGGUCAAAGACAGGUACUGGGAUCCAGGCCCUAGGGCGGACCCCGUGGAGGACCAGAGAUACAUCUGGGGUGGCUUUGCCUACUUGCAAGACAUGAUUGAACAUGGCAUCAUUAAAGUGCACACGGGUCACGAUUGGCCACUAGGGGUCUAUGUGCAGCAGAUGCCCUACCCUUGCUACGUGGAUGACCUCUUCAUGAUCACGCUGAACCGCUGCUUCCCGAUGUUCAUGGUGCUGGCGUGGAUCUACUCAGUGUCCAUGACAGUGAAGAGCAUUGUAUUGGAGAAGGAGCUGCGCCUCAAGGAGACCCUCAAGGCCAUGGGCGUGGCUAACGGUGUCCUUUGGUGCACCUGGUUCAUCGAUAGCUUUGUCACCAUGGCGGCCAGCACGAUGCUGCUCACCUCCAUCAUUGUGGGUGGCAAGGUGCUGAACUACAGCGACCCGGUGCUGGUGUACCUCUUCCUGCUGACGUUCACCGUGGCCACCAUCAUGCAGUGCUUCCUCAUGAGCGUCUUUUUCAACAAGGCCAACCUGGCGGCAGCGUGCAGCGGUGUGCUUUACUUCACCCUCUACCUGCCGCACGUGCUUUGCUUCGCCUGGCAGGACCGCCUCACCGUCAACAUAAAGAUGGCCGCCAGCCUGCUGUCUCAGGUGGCGUUUGGCUUUGGGACAGAGUACCUGUCACGCUACGAGGAGCAGGGCGUGGGCCUGCAGUGGGACAACAUUCAGACCAGCCCGCUAGAGAAGGACAACUACUCCUUCCUUACCUCCAUCUUUAUGAUGGCGCUGGAUGCCAUACUAUACGGCAUCCUGGCCUGGUACCUGGACAACGUCUUUCCAGGUCAGUACGGCAUUGGUCGGCCAUUCUACUUCCCCCUGCAGCCUUCCUACUGGCACAAAUCUUCAUCUGCAGCUGCUGCCACAGAUGACCUAGUUGCACCAGAAGCAGACAAUGCAGAAAAGGACCCUGAAAAUGGCGGCACACCUGCACACACUGUCAACACCUGUAACGGCUCAGCCAGCAGGAAAACCUGCAAGCACCAAAGCAAACGGGAGCGCCUGGAGAAGGAGAAAGAGCGGCUGAGGCUACAGGAGGAGCAAGAGGAGAAGGAGGAGGAGGAAAACGCCUCCGGGAGGCAAGAGGGCCUGCUUUUGUUUGAGCCGGAUCCAUUGGGUCUGGAGUUGGGGGUUUGCAUCCAGGAGCUGGUCAAGGUGUUCCCAGGAGGCUCUCGCCCCGCUGUCGACCGCCUCAGCCUCAAUUUCUACGAGGGUCAGAUCACCUCCUUCCUGGGACACAAUGGGGCCGGCAAGACUACCACCUUAUCCAUCCUUACCGGGCUCUUCCCGCCCACGUCCGGUUCUGCUUACAUCUACGGAAGAGACAUCCGCACCGACAUGGACACCGUGCGGUCCUCUUUGGGGAUGUGUCCUCAAUACAACAUCCUUUUCAAUCACCUGACAGUAGAAGAGCACAUCCUGUUCUACUCGCUGCUGAAGGGUCGCACGCACGCCGAGGCGCAGAAAGAGGUCGAGGACAUGCUGGUGGACCUGGGCCUACCUCACAAGCGAGAAGACGAAGCCCAGAACCUCUCAGGUGGCAUGCAGAGGAAGCUGUCGGUCGCCAUGGCGUUUGUUGGCGGCUCCAAGGUGGUCAUCCUGGACGAGCCCACUUCCGGCGUGGAUCCUUAUUCCAGGAGGUCUAUAUGGGACCUCCUGUUGAAAUACAGAUCCGGUCGCACGGUGAUCCUGUCCACACACCACAUGGACGAAGCCGACCUACUGAGCGACCGCAUCGCCAUCAUCUCCAAGGGCCAGCUGCACUGCUGCGGCUCACCGCUCUUCCUCAAGAACUGCUUUGGUGCCGGCUUCUACCUGACCCUGGUGCGCCGCAUAAAGGACCUCAAGAAGAAAGAGAACGACUGUGACUGUGCCUCCGACUGUUCCUGCACCUGCUCCAUUUGCACCAGACACAAGGAUCAGUCCCAAAACCUGUGCCUGACAGCCGAACGGGUCCUCGAGGGGAACCUGGAGAGCAUCAGCGGCCUCAUCCACCACCACGUCCCCGACGCCAAGCUCAUCGAAGCCAUCGGUCAAGAGCUCACCUUCCUGCUGCCCAGUCGGUGCUUCAAGCACCGCGCCUACGCCAGCCUCUUCAGGGAGCUGGAGGAGACCCUCGCCGACAUGGGCCUCAGCAGCUUUGGCAUAUCCGACACAUCCCUGGAGGAGAUCUUCCUAAAGGUGACAGCAGAUGGCGAGGCAUUAGCGAGCAAUCCCGCCACCGCUGGUAAUGAUCAACACCUCCCUCCCACGUGUCCUAGCCCUCCAACGUCACACGUGUUGUGUGUUUGUCACCUGUGUUCUUCCCCAUGUCACUUCUUACCUGUAGAAGACUGGAUGUUGCAGAGAAGGAAAAAGGAAGCGGGAGUAGAUGAAGAGCGCUACGAUGCCAUGCAAGCUAACAGCGUUACGCUGCACGCCGCGUCAGACUGCAGCGCUGGCAAAGGCUCAAGGCAGGUGAAAGGAGCCUCGCUGAUCCUGAAGCAGUUUCAUGCACUACUUGUCAAGAGAUUUCAUCAUGCCAUUCGAAGCCGCAAAGACUUUGUGGCGCAGAUUGUCCUACCUGCCAGCUUCAUCCUCAUAGCGCUCAUCUUCACCACCAUCGUUCCACCCUUUGGAGAGUACCCCAGCCUGACGUUGAGCCCCUGGAUGUACGGACCGCAAGUCUUCUUCUUCAGUAAUGAGAAACCCUUGGACCCGACCAUGAGGCACUUCGUAGAACGCUUCUUAAGGCAACCGGGUCUCGGAACCCGAUGCAUGCAAGGGGAACCACUGGGGCUGCCUUGCGACCACGAGCCGUCCGAGUGGCAACGUCCCGACGUGGAUGCCGUGACGAGCAACAUCCUGCAGAGUCCGGAGUGGAACCAGAGGAACCCGUCACCCUCCUGCCUGUGCAGCAGCAGCAGAAAGCUAACCAUGAUGCCCAUCUGCCCCGCUGGUGCCGGAGGCCUCCCGCCCGUGCAACGCUUGGAAGCCACGGGGGACACCUUGAUGGAUCUGACUGAGCGCAACAUCUCGGACUUCUUAGUCAAAACUUACCCAAGUGUCAUCAGAACAAGUUUGAAGAGCAAAUACUGGGUCAAUGAACAAAGAUAUGGUGGCCUGUCCAUCGGAGGACAGCUUCCUAUCCUGGAUGUGGAGCCCAGAGACAUUGAAAACGUUUUCCGUCAACUGGGGCGAAUGCUCAACAUCACGGCGGGUCCACAUUCCAGAGUGGCACUGCGGGAGCUCGGACCUUUCCUACGAUAUAUGGAGAGUGAAUUUAACGUAAAGGUGUGGUACAACAACAAAGGCUGGCAUGCCAUGGUGGCCUUCAUGAAUGUCGCCAACAACGCCAUCCUGCGGGCGUUCUUGCCCACUAGUGCCAAGCCCAUCGAGUUUGGCAUCACCGCCCUCAACCACCCACUAAACCUCACCAAGGAGCAGCUUUCCGAGGUCACUGUACUGACCACAUCAGUGAACGCGGUGGUGGCCAUCUGCGUAAUCUUCGCCAUGUCCUUCAUCCCGGCCAGUUUUGUCCUCUACCUAAUCCAGGAGCGUGCCAGCCAAGCCAAGCACCUGCAGUUUGUCAGUGGCGUUAGCCCUUUUAUCUACUGGCUGUCCAACUUCUUCUGGGACAUGGUGAACUACUCCAUCAGCGCUGCCAUGGUGGUCGUCAUCUUCGUGGCAUUUGACAAAAAGUGCUACACGUCCCCAGCCAACCUGCCUGCCCUUGUAGCUCUGCUCCUGCUCUAUGGGUGGUCCGUGACGCCCAUGAUGUACCCCAUGUCGUACCUGUUCAACAUCCCGAGCACUGCCUACGUGUCGCUGUCCUGCAUCAACCUGUUCAUCGGCAUCAACAGCAGCGCUGUCACUUUCAUCCUGGAGCUCUUCGAAAACAACCGGUCGCUGCUGAUGUUCAACAAGUGGCUGAAGAAAGGCCUGCUGGUCUUUCCUCACUUCUGUCUGGGUCGCGGCCUUAUCGACAUGGCCAUGAACCAGGCGGUCACCGACGUCUACGCCCGUUUCGGUGAGGAGCACACAGACAACCCCUUCCGAUGGGACUUUAUUGGGCGGAACGUUUGCUUUAUGGCGGCGGAAGGUUUUAUCUUCUUUGCUUUCAACCUCCUCAUCCAGUACCGCUUCUUCUUGGACCACUGGUUAUCAGACAGGAAACGUAGCCCGGCGGCAGACGAGGACGAUGACGUGGCAUGCGAGCGACGAAGAAUCUACGAUGGCGGCAGCAAGUCGGACAUCCUGCAGAUCCAAGACCUCACCAAGACUUAUGUGGGCAGCAAAAGGGUGGCUGUUGAUGGGAUCUGUGUGGGUGUUCCCGCCGGUGAGUGUUUUGGACUUUUAGGCGUCAACGGCGCCGGCAAGACGACCACCUUCAAAAUGUUGACAGGCGACACUGACGUCAGCUCCGGGGAUGCUACUGUGGUUGGUUACAGCAUCCUGAAAGAAAUUCUGGACGUGCACCAGAAUAUGGGAUACUGUCCGCAGUUCGAUGCCAUUGAUGAGUUGCUGACGGGCAGGGAGCACCUGUACCUGUACGCCCGCCUCAGGGGGGUGCCCGAGGAUGAGAUCCCCAGGGUGGCAGAGUGGGGCAUCCAGAAGUUGGGCUUGUCGGAGUACGCCGGCCGCUGCGCCGGCACCUACAGCGGUGGCAACAAACGCAAACUGUCCACCGCCAUCGCCAUGAUCGGUUGCCCGGCGUUAGUUCUUUUGGAUGAGCCCACCACAGGGAUGGACCCGCAUUCCCGCCGCUUCCUGUGGAACGCCAUUUUGAGUGUCAUCCGUGACGGGCGGGCUGUCGUGCUGACGUCGCACAGCAUGGAGGAGUGCGAGGCUCUGUGCACGCGACUCGCCAUCAUGGUCAACGGCACCUUCAAGUGUCUGGGUACCAUCCAGCACCUCAAAUACAAAUUCGGGGACGGCUACGUGCUGACUAUGAAGCUGAAGGCGGCAAAAGCGGGUGCGCCUCCUGACCUGGAGCCCGUGGAGGCAUUCAUGGAGAGCAGCUUCCCGGCGUGCGUGCGGCGCGAGAAACAUUACAACACGCUACAGUACCACAUCGCCUCAUCCUCGCUGGCCAGGAUCUUCCAGCUGGUCGUCUCCAACAAGGAGCGACUCGGCAUUCAGGACUAUUCCGUCUCGCAGACCACGCUAGACCAGGUGUUUGUCAACUUCGCCAAGCAGCAGACGGCGGAGGACGACGUGGUCACGCUGCAGCGACGCGGUGUGGGUGCACGCAAGGAUGUCAAAAUCGCGCCGGUGAAAAGGAAAACCUGAGAUGAACUUAUUAACAAGCUACGCGUGUACAAAUAUAUAUUGUAUGUAAGUACUGACAAAUGAAUAUGCAAGCACCCGGAGGCUGUACAGAUGUGGUGUUUUUAAUGGAUGUUUGCAUAUCCCAUUUUUAUGUAAAUGACAUUUACAAAUGAAAGUGCAUGCUGUAUAUUUAAGAUUUGAUUAUGUAAUGCUAUGUUCAUUCUGAGAAAGCAGUGUAGACAAGUGCAGAUCACGAUUUUAUAUUCACCACAAAUAAAACAGUAGACGCUUUAUAUGUAUAUUCAAAAAUGGCCAGCCGUCAUUUAACCCUUCGAUGCACAAGUGAGUUUACCCCACACUCUUCCACCUAUGUGGAACCCACAUAUGGUUCCCUAACCGGGAAUCAAACCUAGGCCGCCCAGAUGCAGGACAAAAACUGUGAGGAAUAACAAUAUUAUGUUUAAUAAAGAACAGGAAUAACAUAUUUCCAAUUAAUCGGCAGAUUAUUCAUUACUCUGCCAAAUAUCGGUAUUGGACUCAAAAAAUCCAUAUCACCACAAAAUGUCUGCGUUUAGGCGUCGCUGUCGGUUUUGAUGAUGUGGAAAAGCGUGACAUUGAAGAGCACCUGGUGUCCAUUGUUCCAGCCGUAGAGCGCUCGCUCGCGGGCGUUGUAGUCCAGCAUGGACAUGUGGAAGUACUGGUUGUGAAAUGGGAUGUCGAUAUACUCGUAUGCGGACGUCCGGGUAGAGUAGGCAUAGUACACCUUGGCGCCGGUCAAAUGCGAGUUGGUGAUGUAGAGCGUGCCGCAGAUCAUGAAAGACUCGCCGGCGUUGCGCUUGGAGUACUCUGUGUUCCAGGUGGCGAGCGGCCGCAAGGUGUCUGGGUCCAAGCGGCUCAGAACCACAUUGCCGGCGUUGCGGUUGGUGGCGUAGACGGCCCAGAGGCCCAGCUCGUCGGCCAUCAGGUCGAUGUCGGAGAAGCCGCCCCACGUGUACGGGUAGACGUUGUGGAAGCCGGCUGAGUCCAGCGCCCUCUGGGUCAGCACGCGGGCCGUCUGUAGGCUGUAGCGCACGAUGAUGUUGCUCUGCAUCUUGUUGUAGUACAGCGAGCCGUUGUAUACCACGUGGUUGGUGCCCGCCCACUUGAAGGGCAAGACGUGUGUGCGAGACUCCACGCCGGACACAAAGUCCGCCAUGGAAUUGUACUGCUUGACGAUCUUGUUGUUGGUGUAGCCGUCCAUGUACCAAACCUGCGGAGAGAGGCCAGCAACAUCAGCAAAAGAGAUGUCAAUUUUUUAGAAGCAAGUUGCAUUUGCCUGA